AUGGAUUGGCAGCCGCAAGAGGAGCCGCUGAGGCAACUGGCCCUCUUUCUCAGAGAUUCGUUGAGCGGGCAUGACAAAAGAGCACAGAAAAACGCGGAGCUCAUGCUCAAGCAAGCGAAGGCGUCGCCGGACAUCAACAAUUACCUAGCGUACCUGUUCUCGAGCGCACAGGCGCCAGCAGCACUGAAUAUGACACCGGAUUCAUACCAUAUGGCGCGGAGUGCGGCGGCAAUUAUGCUUAAAAACGACAUAAAGACAUCAUACAAGACGAUGCCUGAGUCGAGCAAGACAUACAUACGGUCGACUGUGUUAAUGGGCCUCGAAGACCCGAACCCCCAGAUCCGGAACUACGCAGGGAACAUCAUCACGGAGGUAGUGAAACAGGGGGGUCUUAUGGGCUGGCCACAGAUCCUCUCCGAGCUCAUCGCAUUAGUCGGCAAUGAGAGCGGCAAGGUGUCGACUCAGGCGCAAGAGGGUGCAAUGGGCGCCUUGUUCAAGAUAUGCGAGGACAACAAACGCGCACUGGACAAGGACUAUCAAGGGCAGCGGCCACUAAACUUCAUAUUUCCAAAGCUGUUAGAGUUCACCACUAGCCCCUCAGCAAAAGCACGAGCUCUGGCCUUGGCGAGCAUCAAUGUUUUCGUUCCGGACAAGCCUCAGGCGGUGUUAGCGAAUCUGGAUAAUCUACUACUCCAACUCAUCCAGCUAACAAGCGACCCGAGCGACGACGUUCGAAAACAUGUCUGCAGGUCGUUCAUCCACAUUGCCGACAUAAGUCCGCAAAUGAUCAUCCCGCAUAUGGACGGACUGGUAGACUUCAUGAUUAUCCAGCAAAGAAGCUCUGACGACCCUGAGCUACCGCUUGAUGCCGCGGAGUUCUGGCUGUGUGUAGGGGAGGAUGAGAACCUGCGCAGCUGCCUUGGGCCGUAUCUUCCGAAAAUCGUCCCGGUGUUGUUGGAGAGCAUGGUGUACGGCGAGGACGACGUGCUGCGGUUAGAAGGAGGCGAUGAGGAUGCAGAGCAAGAAGACCGAGAGCAAGACAUCAAACCCACUUUCGCUACUUCGAAAGGCGCACGACUCGCCACAGCGAAUAAUGGGGAAGCACCCGCUGCCAGCACCAACGGAUCAUCGAAACCUUCAACCACUGUGUACGAUGACGAUGAGCUUAGCGAAGGUGAAAUCGACGAGUACGACGAUGAUGACAACGGUCCCGAUCCGGAAGAGCAGUGGAACCUUCGCAAGUGCUCUGCUGCGGCUCUCGACGUUCUCGCGUCCGUCUUCCACGACCCUGUGUUUGAGAUUCUUCUACCUUACCUUAAAGAUAACCUUAGCCACCCGGAAUGGCCCAACCGCGAAGCGGCAGUACUUGCGCUCGGCGCUGUUGCGGAUGGCUGUAUGGAUGCCGUGCAACCACAUCUGCCCGACCUCACGCGCUAUCUGAUCUCGCUGUUGCAGGACAAGGAGCCUGUUGUGCGACAGAUCACAUGUUGGUCCCUCGGUCGCUAUUCAGCUUGGGCUUCUCAUCUUGACAAGGAUGGCAAGCUGCUAUACUUCGAGCCGAUGAUGGAUGGCAUCCUCCGACGGAUGCUCGACAGCAACAAGCGGGUCCAAGAAGCGGCUGCCUCCGCCUUUGCGAACCUGGAGGAGAAGGCCAAGGAAGAGCUUGUCCCGUAUUGUUCGGUUAUUGUGCGCCAGUUCGUCGAAUGCUUUGCCCGGUAUAAGGAUCGCAACAUGUUCAUACUGUACGACUGCGUCCAGACCUUAGCGGAGCACGUAGGCUCCAAGCUAGCAAAACCUGAACUGGUCAACUUGCUAAUGCCGGCGCUAAUACAACGCUGGCAGAAAGUCUCUGAUCAGUCGAGAGAGAUGUUCCCGUUACUGGAGUGCUUGUCGUAUGUCGCAAGCGCCCUGGGCGACGCCUUUGCCCCCUUCGCAGCGCCCAUCUUCAUGAGGUGUAUCGGCAUCAUCCACCAAAACCUGCAGGAUUACUGGCUCGCCUCAACCGAUCUGGCCUUUGACGUACCGGACAAAGACUUCCUUGUCACUAACCUCGACCUUCUCAGCGCAAUCAUCCAAGCUCUGGAUGAGCGACGGGCUGCUGAACUGGUCGCCGCCUCCCAGCCCAAUCUCUUCGAGCUUCUUGGGUAUUGUAUGAAGGACGAGAGCAACGACGUCCGGCAGUCAGCGUACGCUCUGCUCGGCGACUGCGCCAUUUAUGUGUUCCAGCAACUGCAGCCCUACCUCCCUUCACUGCUGGAAAUCCUCAUCGCUCAACUCGACCUGACGCAGUUGGUUUUGCGAGUUGACGAGGGCGAAAAUGGCUACUCCGUGGUUAACAACGCUUGCUGGUCCGUUGGAGAGAUCGCCAUGAGGCAAGGAGAGGGCACGGCGCCUUACGUUGACCGUCUUCUGCAGCGACUGGUGGCCAUCCUCUUCGAUGACAAGAUUCCGGAGUCGCUGAACGAGAACUCCGCCAUUGCGCUCGGUAGGCUGGGAGUGGGUAACGCGCAAGCUUUGGCGCCACAUCUCGCAACCUUCGGGCCGCCCUUCGUACGAGCGAUCAGGCCUGUCCAGUGGACAGAUGAAAAGGGCCAAGCGCUUACGGGCUUCACCAAGAUCGUUCUCUGCAAUCCGCCAGCAAUGGAGCAGUGCCUGCUCGAGUUCUUUCUGGAAAUUGCAAGUGCUCCGAAAGGCUUCCUACAGAGUCCCAACCAGGACUCGCCGGUUGAGUGUUUCCAACAGGUCUUGGCCGUGUACAAAAGCAUGAUACCUCAGUUCGACGCCUUCCUGCACCACCUGCCGCCGGACAAGGAGGAAGCCCUGCGGCAAAUCUACAACCCGUAA